GCCGGCCAUAGAGUUUAGUGGCCAGAGCGACUCUGCAGGGAGGUGGCAGGAAAGGCUCGGAACAGCUGCCGGAGGUGACGGAGCGGUGGCCCCGCCCGGUGCGCUGGAAGAGGAAGCUUCCUGGUAGCAGCACGCAGAGUCUGACCCAGGGUCCCUCCAGCUCAGUGCGGCCAUGAGUGCGGAAGUGAAGGUGACAGGGCAGAACCAGGAGCAAUUUCUGCUCCUGGCCAAGUCGGCCAAGGGGGCAGCGCUGGCUACACUGAUCCACCAGGUGCUGGAAGCCCCUGGUGUCUACGUAUUUGGAGAACUGCUGGAUAUGCCCAAUGUUAGAGAGCUGGCUGAGAGUGACUUCGCUUCCACAUUCCGGCUGCUCACAGUGUUUGCUUAUGGCACAUAUGCUGACUACUUAGCUGAAGCCCGAAAUCUUCCCCCACUUACAGAGGCUCAGAAGAAUAAGCUUCGACACCUAUCAGUCGUCACUCUGGCUGCCAAAGUAAAGUGCAUCCCAUAUGCAGUGUUGCUGGAGGCCCUUGCCCUGCGUAACGUGCGGCAGCUGGAAGACCUUGUGAUUGAAGCUGUGUACGCAGACGUGCUUCGAGGCUCCCUGGACCAGCGCAAUCAGCGGCUGGAGGUUGACUACAGCAUCGGGCGGGACAUCCAGCGCCAGGACCUCAGUGCCAUUGCCCGAACCCUGCAGGAGUGGUGUGUGGGCUGUGAAGUGGUGCUGUCAGGCAUUGAGGAGCAAGUGAGCCGUGCCAACCAGCACAAGGAGCAGCAGCUGGGUCUGAAGCAGCAGAUUGAGAGUGAGGUUGCCAACCUUAAAAAAACCAUUAAAGUUACAACGGCGGCAGCAGCUGCAGCGACAUCUCAGGACCCUGAGCAACACUUGACUGAGCUGAGGGAACCAGCUCCUGGCACCAACCAGCGCCAGCCCAGCAAGAAAGCCUCCAAGGGCAAGGGGCUCCGAGGGAGUGCCAAGAUUUGGUCCAAGUCGAAUUGAAGGGACUGUCGUUUCUUCCCUGGGGAUGUGGGGUCCCAGCUGCCUGCCUGCCUCUUAGGAGUUCUCAGAGAGCCUUUCUGUGCCCCUGGCCAGCUGAUAAUCCUAGGUUCAUGACCGUUCACCUCCCCCACCCCCGAUAUAGAUCACACCUUCUCUAGGGAGGAGGCAAGUAUAGGUCAUGUUUUCAUUGGUACUUUUUGUUUUUUGUGACUUUCUUGUGUGCUCCAUUGCUCCCCUCCCUGCCAUGCUCUCUCCCGUUUUGUUAAGAGCUCAGCAUCUGUCCGUUCAUGAUGUGUCAUUGAGUAGAUGGGCAACCCUGAUGGGAAUUGCUCUGUCUCCAGCAUAACCCACAGGUGUUCCUUCUCCUACCCCGCUGUCCCUGCAUGCCUAACCCCCCAUUCCUGCUCCCUACCCCCACCUGUUGGGCAGCAUCUGAAGAGCCAUAGGGUCCCCAUCUUUAUUCCCACCCUGAGAGUUCUGGGAGCCAGUCUGCUAUUCCAGGAGUCACUGGAUGCUUUCAUCCUAGAAUCCUGUCACACUAGAGUUGUUUCCUCUCCUCUCUCCUCCCCUUGGGCCCUGGGAAUGCUGCUUCAAUGACCCCAGAGCCUGAGAAAGGCAUCUGUUUCUUAAGAUGUUGAGAGAUGGUUUUUUCCUUGGCUCUGACCAUCUUGGGAAGCCUGAUGGCAGUCCUGGAAGGAUUUAUAUCUCCUUUUGUGAGUUUGGUGAGGAGGAGAAGGGAAUAGAGAUUGUAUUUAAAAGAAAAAAAAAGGUAUAUAUGCAUAUAUCUAUAUAUAACAUGACACAGAAAUAAAUCUAUGAGAAAUCUAUCUACAAACAUACCCUGAA